UCGUUUCGUUCGAAAAAAAUUCCAUCACUCUCUCUCUUACUCUUUCUCAUCCCGAAACGAGUAUGGCUCUCUUGCAUUCCAUCAUCUUCACCAAAGAUCCGCAAUUUACAUCAUUUUCCGUUUUGGAAGCGACUAUCUGAUGGAUGGGAUCAGUGUUCGAAAUUUCGGUAUCGCGUUACAUAUCGCACCCUUGGGAUACAGAUACAUAUCGGUUAUUGCAUGGUUCUUCAUUGAAGCCAAUGGAGCAAUAUGUUGUGAACUUCAGCCCUGCUAGUUUAUCCAUCAGCCCCAUUCGCCAAAAGAAAUCAAAAUUUUCAACCCACAAAAGGCCACUAACAGUUCGAGCCGGUGGUGAUGGUGGAAGAAGCGCGAGUAUCUUUGUUGGGGGCUUUGUAUUGGGUGGAAUAAUAGUUGGAACACUUGGCUGUGUAUAUGCACCUCAGAUCAGCAAAGCAUUGGCUGGGGCUGACAGAAAAGAUUUGAUGAGGAAGCUACCGAAAUUUAUAUAUGAUGAAGAAAAAGCUUUGGAGAAGACUCGGAAAAUACUGACAGAGAAGAUAGCACAGCUGAACUCAGCCAUCGACGAUGUUUCUUCUCAGUUGCGUUCGAAUGAUGGGCCAAAUGGAGCAGCAGUUGCCUCCGACGAAAUUGAAGCUGCCAUAUAGAAACAGUUGGGAUAUGCUACAUUCCUUGUAUUACGGCAUGCCAUGAGGAACUCUGUUUUCAGAAUACAAUUACUGACAUUGAGAAAAUAACAGCUGGUUUUCUUGUCCCAAUGGAUGAUGCAGCUCCAUACCAAUAUCUGAGAGCAUGAUACCUUAAAAUAGAUCAAUUGAUCAACACAUCCAGUUUAUUGCAAUCCGGAUCAACCUUAAGUGCUUGUCUGGUAGACACUUAAAAAAAGUUCAGCGCAUUCUAUUUUAUCAUAAUUAUUUUAUUAGUGAUCA